GAAAUCGUGAAAUUGCCUGGACGACCCCAAACUUUUGAACGGUAGUGUAUUUGUGUGAUACUUCCGGGUGAAGAUGAAUUCUCCCGACUGUCCGUGAAAGCAGCACUGAGUGAAACUGCCAGCAGGAGCAGUCGAGAGCGGAGAUCAUUAGAGAGCAAAUCCAGCUUCCUGGAUGGAAAAGAAAGCAGAACCGACACACACCAGGACACACACACACACAAGCCAGGCAACAGCGAGCAGGACGCUUAGACAUGCUUUUAGUUCCUUUUUAGGCCCGCUGCGGGUGUUAGAAAGGCGCAGUCGGUGCGGUCGCAGCGGCGUUAGGCAUUGACAGCAGCUUGUUCCAGCAGCAGACUAUAUCAACACAUGUGUUGAUAGAGUCUGUGUUAGCAGUCAGAGCACUGCGGCUGUGCAUCUGGACUCCUUCACCCAGCGGUCCACUGGCAAGGAACAUGGAGGAUGUAGCUCCUCUCCAUCCCCAGCAGAAGGGCUAGGAGUAGCCUGAUUUCUCCAUCCUUCUCUCCCUGCUUCGCCUCAUCAUGGCCAGCAGGAGUCCCACCCUGAGCCGGGAAGCCAGGGAUUCGGCUCCGGAGACACCUGAGGCUGCCGCUGACCCCCAACCAGGGCCCGAGAUCUUCUGCAAGCUGUGCCUCACUGAGCAACCAUCUGCAGCCACCAAGGAGCUGCAGAGCUGCAAGUGCAUCUUCUGCACAUCGUGUUUGCAGCAGUAUGUUCAGCUAGCCAUAAUGGAGGGUGGGGGUGCACCCAUCACCUGCCCAGAUAUGACCUGCCAAAAGACUGGAGUGCUGCUGGACUCUGAGAUAGCUGGCUUGGCUGCAGCAGAUCAGGCUGAGCUGUAUGAGCGUCUGAAGUUUGAGAGAGAGGUGAAGCUGGACCCCGGUAAAGCCUGGUGCCCGGUGCUUGAAUGCCAGGCGGUGUGCAGUGUGCAUCCCAGCACCGAGGGCCAACCCGCCGCCGUGCCCUGCCCGACCUGUCACACCGUCUUCUGCUCGGGCUGCAGAGGACCAUGGCAGGACGGCCACGCCUGCCCCGAGCGCCAGCCAAUCAUGUCCUCACCCUCUCAUGAAAGCAGGGCCCGCUCCGACAGUGACUCCGACAUGCCCAUCAAGCAGUGUCCUAUGUGUGAUGUCUACAUCGAGAGGAACCAGGGCUGUGCACAGAUGCUGUGUAAGAGCUGCAAACACACCUUCUGCUGGUACUGUCUGCAGAAUCUGGAUGGUGAUAUCUUCCUGAGACAUUAUGAUAAGGGACCGUGCAGAAACAAGCUGGGACACUCCAGGGCCUCAGUUAUGUGGAACAGAACGCAGGUGGUGGGCAUCCUGGUGGGGGUCAGCAUCAUUGUGUUGGUGACGUCUCCUCUGCUCCUGCUGGCGUCGCCCUUCAUCCUGUGCUGUGUGUGCAAGCCCUGCAGAGGCAAGAAGAAGAAGAAGAAGAGGAAGAAGGACCUCAGCCAGCCAGACUCCUCCACAUCAUAGCAGCUCUCGCUCCCAUCUGCCUGCCCAGGAUCACGCCACUAACCUCAUGAAAGCCAAGAUAAGUGCUGCAUGGUGGAAAAGAAUAAAACUCAUGGAACAAUGGAGUACUUUUUUAUUUCUCGACAGACUGAAACUGUAAGUGGAUCACCAAGAUCAACAAGUACAGACUUUUCUAUGAAGCCUCAGUGAGAGAGCUGCUCAAAGAUAACUCUGGAAUUACAAGAGUACGUACUUCAUACGACGGACGUGUAAAUAUAUGGAGAAUGAAUGUAAGUCACUUGCCUAGCUAGUUUUCAGAGGCACAACAGAUAGUAAGUAGAUCGGCGGCUGUGAGAGUUUUCCUGCGCAGGGCUUUCUCUCUCUAAUGCGUGCACGCACGCACGCACACACACACACACACACACACACACACACACACACACACACACACACGCACGCAGUUCAAAGUGCAACGCCACCCUCAUGUGCCAGACGUCAUGGUGCCAAACCAGAGGUGUUAGGUGCUCAAGUGCCUCGCUCUACAGUGCCUGGUGCUUGGUUCGAUUUGUUUUGCCUUCCAUUCUAUCUUUAUCUUAUGCAAAAUGUUUUUGGCAUUCUGAAAACGGACGACCGUCAGGAUCACACAGGGUUGUAAAAUCUCUCAACAAUGCGAAACAUUCUCUGAUAAUGGGAGAAGGCAAAUCUGAAGCAAGCAUAAGUUAUGGCAACUGGACUAACCUCAUGUGAGUCGAAAACGUUUCACCUCUCAUCCAAGAGGCUUCUUCAGUUCUGAAAGCCUGGUGGGGAGUACCAGAUAUUUAUCCACCAGGAGGGUGGUGGCAAAAACAAGUGGACAAAGACCCGAAACCAACAGACUCGUUAGGUGUUAAUGUGAGUCGUUAGCCUUUGAUGGGCGGUCGUUACCCCUCCCAGCCCUCUAGGAGGGUGGUUGGGGGUCACCUGACUGCAAGUGGGACAGAUGGCUGCACCUCCUUGGGAGGGCUCUAAGAACGGCGUUGUAAGUGGGAGACAAGUGGUGUCUGAGGCCCCCUCCUCUGUUCAAAGAUGGCCGUUCUAGUUUGACAUGAAUGGCUUCUUUUACCCCUCUCUCAAACCAUCUGUCCUCUCUGGCUAGAAUGCGCACCUUGUGGUCAUCAAAGGAGUGCCCCUUCUCCUUGAGGUGGAGGUGGACUGCUGAGUCCUGGCCUGUGGUCGUGGCCCUCCUGUGUUGUGCCAUGCGCUUGUGUAAUGGCUGCUUAGUCUCUCCAAUGUACAGGUCAGAGCAUUCCUCAUUGCACUGCACUGCGUACACCACAUUGCUCUGUUUCUCCCUUGGAAUUUUGUCCUUGGGAUGGACCAGCUUUUGCCUCAGAGUGUUGCUGGGCUUGAAGUGUACUGGGAUCUGGUGGGUGUUAAAGAUCCUCCUGAGUUUCUCUGAAAUUCCUGCCACAUAGGGGAUGACAAUGUUGUUUCUCUUUUUUUUUGUGGUCCUCGUCUUUCUUAACGAAGGCAAAUGGCAUCACGUGUGCACCGUUGAUUCUGUGCUGAUGUGAAACAUGAUAGGGCUGCAAUGGUGCACAGAGAACUCUUCCUCUGCGGAUGUUUGUUGUCUACACCUGGCGUAUGUUGCAGACCAAAGGCUCUAAAGGAUAAUGUGUACUUUUCUAAAGUGUGUUAAUAUGUAUUUAUGGGUUAUGUGUGUAUGGCAUCAUUUCUACGUUUCUGUUGAUGUUUCUGCAUCAGAUAUUUUAUAAAAGCAUCAUUGUAAAUGAAAAUAAACAUAAUGUGUUGAACAUGCA